AGUGCAAUUAUUGUAAUACUUUCACUGUACAACAAUGUAUAGAGGGAGUCAAUGUUAAAAAUGUAUGUUGGAGUAGCAUGAUCGAGCAAAAUUGUUCCACUACCGUUACGGAGCACGGGCAGAGUAUUCGAGUUUUCGACAAAGCGCCAUCAACGUUCGUGCUAACAGGAACUGAGAUUUUUAGAGGUGCUAGGAAAGAACACUUAGAAAUAAUACAGAGCAGAAAGACAGUUCAAAUUUUGAUAUUUCGCACUAAUGUCUAACCUAGGAUCGGGGUGAAAUCGCUACAAUCGUUGGAAACUGACAUAAGCCAUCAUUAUAACCUCAAAUAUUAAUUUUGGCGGGAAACGGGGAAACCGGCCAGUAAAUAAAUAAGUGCAAAGCAAAAAUUGUAUUUAAUCUUCAAUCGAAUUCAAAAUAAAACAAAAUAUGGAUAGCCAGGCCAAAUUUGAUGAAUCCCAUCUUCGAGAUCUACUACCGCUGUAUUAUAAACGAUUGUUUCCAGCAGCGCACUUUUACAAGUGGUUGAGUUAUGGUAAUGCUUCGACUUUUGCCCAUAGAGAAAUCUCAUUUGCUCUAGAGAAUGAUAUCUAUCUUCGUUUCCAAUCCUUUGACACCUACAAGGAGUUUGUUGAAGAACUGUAUAAAAAAAAUCCAAUUAAAAUCGAUAUUGGGCCGAUUUAUCUAACAAAACCGAAAGCAAGAAACAUGGGCCAAGCAUUGCAGGCAUCGGCAAAGGAAAUGGUAUUCGAUAUCGAUCUCACAGAUUACGAUGAUGUGAGAACCUGUUGUUCUGGUGCGGAUGUUUGCACUAAAUGUUGGAAGUUUAUGGCGAUUGCGAGCAAAAUUAUCGAUACUGCCUUGAGGGAGGAUUUCAGAUAUGUAAAUGUGCUAUGGGUAUUCUCAGGAAGAAGAGGUAUUCACGCCUGGGUUUCAGAUGAACAUGCACGAGGCCUAGAUAUCAAUGGAAGGCCAGCCAUAGCUGAAUAUUUAACAGUUCUCAAGGAAGGCAUGAAAAAAAAGAAAGUUUCUUUGACAGGGCAUAUACAUACAUCAAUAUCGAGAGCUCUAAAAAUUAUCGACAAAUAUUUCCCCACCAUUGUCAAGGAACAAGAUAUUUUAGGCACUGAUGAAAGACUAAAAAACUUUUUAUCAAUAUUAGAUGAUAAUGUAAGAACACAAUUUAAAGAUUGCAUGACAAAAGUGACUACCUCUGCUGAAAGAUGGGAGGCGUUUGAGAGGAAAUUUAUGCAACUGCAACAAACCAACGAGAUACCGAGAAAUUUAAAAAACCUCAGAGAAGAGAUUAAGCUGCAAUAUGCUUAUCCCAGGUUGGAUAUUAAUGUAACAAAAGGAAUUACCCAUUUAUUGAAAGCGCCGUUCUGUGUCCAUCCUAAAACUGGAAAAGUUUGUGUUCCUUUUAAUGUUAAACAUGUUGAUAAUUUUGAUCCAAAUAAUGUGCCAACCAUAAGUAUGAUUAUCAAUGAAGUGGAUGCCUACGACAAAAAAACUAAAGAACAAGAAGAAACUCUUAUGGAAACUGAUGAGCCUUCAGUUACCAAUCAAGUAAAGAUAAAGGAUUAUAAAAAAACAAGUCUUUUGAGACCAAUCAAUUUGUUUUCGGAGUUUUUGAAAAAUUUAGAAAAAGAUACUAAAAAGAGAGUCGAUCCUUUCUAAGUGAGGAAUUUUGUAAAAAAAAAACAUAUAAUUUAUUUUCUAUUCUGCUUUUAUAAUAAAUAAGGAUUUUUACAAGUC